UCACGACUCAUUGUUUAAAAAUUAUAGGAUUAAUGGAAGCUGAAACAUCCCAAUUCUGAAUUUGGUCUUUUUUCUUCAUAAACCCUACUAACUUGGGGCUGUCACAGGGGGGAAAUUUGCACCCAAUUUCUCUCUGAUUUGCCCCAGGUGAAAGAUGAUUCUUGGCACAUUGUUUUCAGCUGCUACAAAACAGUCAAUUUCAUUCAGGUGUAAUUUGUUACUACUUGAUUUGCUGUGUCCAAUGGAACUAGUGGCUUGGGACUAGUAAGAGGAAGGAAGCUUUGACAGUUGGCAAUCUUCUAGCAUUUUAUGUUUUGGAGAACAUUUUAAAUCAUUGUGAUAAUAUGGCUGGGGGAAAUCAACCACGCCAAAGUGACAAACCUUCAAUCAGAUACAGGUGUAAUCUACUUGAUGGGGCACUGUUUGAAAUCACUGAUUUAGACCGACAAAGUAAUGCCCCUAUUUCUUCUGGAAAUAAGGAGAACCCUAAAAAUACUGACUCUGAAUCUUCUGAGAUAAUGAGCACAAGUGAGCUCAUAUCAGCAGUUGGAAGUAUAUGGGAUUCUGCAGCUCGCCCUGUUACACGAAUCCUAUCUAAAGCAAGUUCUAGAUGCAAUAAUACCGAUCACCAAGAAAACAACAUAUUUGGUUACUCCACUGCAGAUAAAAUUUCUGGUGUUUGUUUUUCACCUCCUGAUCACUCAAUACCUGUCAAUGUGGAUAGUGAUACAGAUUCUUCACCUCUACUGCUUGCAAAUGUGGAACGACUAACAGUGAACCAGAAAGUGUCAUUCUUUGGUCCUCUCUUAGGAAGUUCUUCUCUGCAGAGUCUCCUCCAUGACAGAUCUACCAUGCAUCCAGAAACUCGGAAAGCAAAAGAUUUUGUCAAUUAUUUACAGAAUGUGUAUGGUUGGAUGCAUGAAGCAUCCUUACUGAAAUUUAAGCAACAACUAAAUUGUGCUAGUAAUGGAUGCCAUGAAAACAGAAAAUGUACCAUAGAAGACACGACAAACAGUCCUUUAAGUUGCUGCUCAGUUGUGGAUACAGUAAAUGCUGAUUGCCAGACUGACAGGGAAGAGCCAGCUGGUUCAUUGUUAAAUCAGAUCGCAAAGCAUGAAGAGAUCGACAGGGUGUCAACCGGCACUUCAUCUCUAAGGCACUAUAAUGAAGUUUUUCAUGACAAAAAGUCAAACACACUAGAGAUUUCAUGUUCCGAAAAUAAGUCAGUCUUCCAUGAGUACUCUGUCACUCCAACUUGUUCUGCUAGUGUAGAUGACAGAGUUAAUGCUAAGGAUCACAUAUAUGAUUCUGCCAUUAAUGAAAAAGUAGAACUGGAGGAAGAGCUCAGUUCUGAAGUACAGAUCUCUGUGGCAAAGGAAAAGCCUCGGUAUGCACUUGCAAAACAAGAGCAUGCUUUUGCAGGAGCAAUGGCUGGAAUUUUUGUCAGCCUUUGUCUUCAUCCAGUUGACACAAUUAAGACUGUUAUUCAGUCAUGCCCCAAUGAUCAGAAGCCACUUUAUUAUAUAGGCAGAUCAUUUAUUUCUGAAAGAGGAGUAACAGCACUUUAUCGGGGAAUUUCGACCAAUCUUGCUUCAUCUGCACCAAUAUCUGCACUUUACACCUUUACAUACGAAUCAGUGAAAGGGGCCUUACUUCCUCUUUUUCCUAAGGAAUGCCACUCUUUUGCACACUGCUUGGCUGGGGGUUGUGCAAGCAUUGCCACUUCAUUCAUUUUCACUCCGAGUGAGCGCAUAAAACAACAGAUGCAAGUGGGCUCCCACUAUAAAAACUGCUGGGAUGCCUUAAUUGUGAUUAUAAGAAGUGGUGGUUUGCCUUCACUGUAUGCUGGAUGGAAAGCUGUACUCUGGAGGAAUAUUCCACACUCAAUCAUUAAGUUCUAUACAUAUGAAAGAUUGAAGGAGUUGAGGUUGUCAUCAGUUCAACUGUGCAACCAAAAUGACACACUAAUGACGCUUGCCUGUGGAGGAUUAGCUGGCUCUACUGCUGCACUAUUCACAACUCCCUUCGAUGUUGUCAAGACAAGAUUACAGACACAGAUUCCUGGAUUUACGACUCAGUUUGGUGUAUUCGGCACACUUCAAGAAAUUGCAAAACGUGAAGGUUUGAAGGGUCUCUACAGGGGCUUGAGUCCUAGAUUGAUCAUGUAUAUGACCCAGGGAGCAAUUUUCUUUGCAUCUUAUGAAUCUUUCAAGAAGAUAUUUUCUUUGGAUAUCCCGCAGCCUAAAACAGAAACGGUUCCAUAUGAACAUAAGGAAGAUGAUCGUGCAACGUUGCCUUCAUGAAGCUAACAAAGGAAAGAUCAGUUCAACAUAGUGCAUCUUUGCAGCAAUGUUCCAAGUGAGAAAAUAUGAUUUCAAGAUUAACAUGGAUAUUUUCCUUUGUGCUGGACCACCUAACAGAUGAUGAAGGAAACUGAAGUGCUAAUAGAAACAUGCAGGCUGAUUAUCCAUCGAGUUUUGAACUGUGUGUCAGCUAGCCCUCGGGAAUUUCUUGGAGAGGAUAUAGGGAUGCUGGAUGCAUACUUUUGUAGUAUGAUUGUAAAUUUGAUAUUAACAUUAAUAUAGGCGACUAAACUUAUCUGGAAUUGAGGUAUAGUUGAUUGA